GACCCAGAGGCUCAGGUCCCCGCGCCCCAGGCUGGAGGCGGCGGGGGUGCUCCCGACAGUGGGCGGCCAGCUGGUUCCCUUCAGGGGCGGCCGCGCGCCCUCCCCCCGGGGCUGUAAUCCGAGCCGCUGCCGCGCCGCCCCGCUGCCCCAGCCCCGACAGCGAGUCCGCAGGCGCCAUGGGCCGCGGGGCCUGCGUCCCCUUGGCGGCGUCGGGGGCCAGCGACCCGGCCCGCCGGCUUGGAGCCGUGCUGGGCGCGCUGUGCCUCUUCCCCGCGCUCGUGCUGUUGGCCUGGCCAGGGACCCCGACGAACGGGGCCGGGGCGAGAGCAGCGCAGGGCGACGCUGCGCCCCAGACUUCGGGCGUCCUGGCCUCCGGGAGCCUCGGUCCGCCGCACCCCCUGGCGCCCCGCAGACGCCGCUACACGCUGACCCCGGCCAGGCUGCGUUGGGAACACUUCAACCUUACAUACAAGAUCCUCUCCUUUCCGAGAAACCUGCUCAGCCCCAGUGAGACUCGGCGGGGUCUGGCUGCCGCCUUCCGCAUGUGGAGUGACGUGUCCCCCUUCAGCUUCCGCGAGGUGGCCCCCGAGCAGCCCAGCGAUCUCCGCAUAGGCUUCUACCCCAUCAACCACACGGACUGCCUGGUCUCCCCGCUGCACCACUGCUUCGACGGCCCCACGGGCGAGCUGGCCCACGCCUUCUUUCCCCCACACGGCGGCAUCCACUUUGACGACAGCGAGUACUGGGUCCUGGGCCCCACACGCUACAGCUGGAAGAAAGGCGUGUGGCUCACCGACCUGGUGCACGUGGCGGCCCAUGAGAUUGGCCACGCGCUGGGCCUGAUGCACUCCCAGCACGGCCGGGCGCUCAUGCACCUCAACGCCACGCUGCGCGGCUGGAAGGCACUGUCGCAGGACGAGCUGUGGGGGCUUCACCGGCUCUACGGCUGCCUGGACCGGCUGUUCGUGUGCGCGUCCUGGGCUCGGAGGGGUUUCUGCGAUGCCCGCCGGCGACUCAUGAAAAGGCUGUGCCCCAGCAGCUGCGACUUCUGCUAUGAGUUCCCCUUUCCCACGGUGGCCGCCACCCCGCCGCCCCCCAGGACCAAAACCAAGCUAGUGCCCGAGGGCAGGAAUGUGACCUUCCGCUGUGGUCAGAAGAUCCUCCACAAGAAAGGCAAAGUAUACCCUCCGCCCUCUCCGCAGCUGGUACAAGGACCAGGAGCCCCUGGAGUUCUCCUACCCUGGCUAUCUGGCCCUGGGCGAGGCGCACCUGAGCAUCAUCGCCAACGCCAUCAACGAGGGCACCUACACGUGUGUGGUGCGCCGGCGGCAGCGCGUGCUCAGCACCUACUCCUGGCGCAUCCGCGUGCGGAGUUGAGCGCCGCGCUUCGGGCUGAGGCCGCUGAUAAAGGGCCCUGCGUUGAGGAGCAGGAAGGAGCCCCAGCAGCGGCCUGAAGAUUUAAAAACAACAAAAAUCUCCACAGUUCUGAUCCUAGUGCCAGCGGUGACAGCCCGGCAUGGCCCCUCCAUGGCCAAGUGUGUGGGGGGUACAAAUGCCCCCCCUCCCCUCACAGGGCAAGUCCAAUUCAUAUGAAAAAAUACAGCCUUUCCUCCCACAGCAAGGAA